CUCUCUCUCUCUGCCCCGGCGCAUUUUGGGAAAAGGGGGAAGCCUUUCUUUGAUUUUGGGCUCUCACGUUAUCAAUCUGAUGGUAUUGAUUGAUUGAUGAUUCCUCCAGGUCCCGGUUCUACUCCAGCAUUUCCAAUUCCCGUCUGUCCGCCGGCCGCUCCAUUAACGAUUGAACUUGCAAAUGUUCCUUCUCAAGGCAUGGAGGGCAACAGCUUUUGGGGCUUAUGGCUACCUCAAUUUCACAAAAUCCUCCUUCCUCGGAAUCAUGCCACGGGAAUUGCAGAUUGCAGCCUGCAAAUCGCUUCCGAAGCACCCCUUCAAAGUCAAAUCUCCGUGUACGCUGAGCCCUCUCGGUGCGACUACGGGGCCGGACUGCUCAGUGGUUGACGCGCUGUCCAGACCGGUUCGGACCUCCGUCCCUCACCUACUCAGACACCCUUUUGAUGGCUCAAAUCUCGAAGGAUUGCUGACCGGACUGUCCGGCAGUGGGAACCGGAGGGGGCUCAGCAUUGAGUCGGGAAAUGAGCUGGCGACGGAGGUGGACCAGGACAAAGUGGUGGACUUGAUAAACAUUAAGUUUGCGGAGGCUAGGGAGGAGAUUGAGAUGGCUAUGGAAUCCAAGGAGACCGUUUAUUUCGACGAGGAAGCGGAGUGUGCCAGGGCUGUCGUGAAGGAAGUCCUUGACCUGUUCGAUGGUUUGUUGGCGAAGCUGCCAGAGAGUGAGAGGGCUGCUUUGCAGAGGUCAAUGGGGCUCAAGAUUGAGCAGUUGAAGGCCGAGCUCAAGCAGCUUGAUGAUUGAUUCUGUUUCAUAGUGUACGAGUUUGCAUAUAUUGCAGGCUCGUCGAAUGACAAAUCGCUGGUAGGCGGCAUUCCAGGCUUGGAAGCAGCUAUGGCAGCGGGGGGGAGCCUUUGCUUGUACUUCUUCGCCAUCUCUUCCGCCUCUGAGAAUACUUUCUGCAUGAAAAGGUUGCUAAGUAAGAUCAAUAAGGCUAAUACAGUGCAGACUAAUGCUAAAAUUUUUCAUAUGAUGUAUCGUGCUAAUAAACAUGAAGUUUGUCGCUGCCAAA